GCCUCCUUCCAACUUGGAAAAAAGCAGCUCUAAUCUUGGUUCUGCCACUGACUGGCUGCGACCUUGGGCACAGAGCCACUGGGCUUGGGUCCUGUAAAGUGAGGCAGCUGUCCUAGAGUUCUGGGAGAGCCUUUCUAGCCAGCCCUCUCCAGCCGGGCAGGCUCGGGCACCAGCCGCCUUGUUGAUAGUAUCUCUUCUCCUUCCCACAGACCUUAGCCCGGGGUGCUGCCGGUCUCCGGGUGGCCCAUGGGGCAUCGCCCAGCCCUUUCCUGCUGAGAUGCAUUCGACUUCCCUGGCCACCCCAUCCCCUGCCCGGACCCCCAGUGCCGUAGAGAGGCUCGAGGCAGACAAGGCCAAGUAUGUUAAGACCCAGCAAGUGAUCGCCCGGCGCCAGGAGCCGGCCCUUCGGGGGGGAGCCGGCCCCCUGACCCCUCAUUCCUGCAAUGAGCUCGAGAUGCCCCCCUCACCCAGGCCUCCCGGGCCAGCUCGAAGAGGUAGCGGCAAGCGGCUCCUGAGGCCCGACUCGCUCAUCAUCUAUCGGCAGAAGAGAGACUGCAAGGCAGUGAACAAGGAAAAUGCCAAGGGGCAGAGCCUGGUGCGACGUCUCUUCCAGGGAGCCUCCCCAGAUUCUCCCGGAACUCCCAGCCCGGUGGAGCGUGUGGCUCCGGUGCCCCGAGCAGGAUGGACCACGGCUGGAAAGGGUCCAGGAGCUCCCCAGGCCGCCUCUCCUGAGCCAGGCAAGCGAGCCCUCUGUCCCACGUGUUCCCUGCCCCUGUCUGAGAAAGAACGAUUCUUCAAUUACUGUGGGCUGGAGCGGGCCCUGGUAGAGGUUCUGGGCGCCGAGAGGUUCUCGCCCAAGACCUGGGAGACAGACGGCAGCCCUCCCCCGGGCAGGCCCAGCUCUGAGGGGGGCAGCGAGUGGGAUUCCAGUGGGGCCGAUGGUGGCGGCGAAGACUCCGAGGCAGGCACAUCUAGAGACGGGCAACCCCCCGUAUCUGUGGUGGAGCGAAACGCCAGGGUCAUCAAGUGGCUCUAUGGGUGCCAGCGGGCUCAGGCACCCCCCCUGGAGUCAGAAGUGUGAGUGGCCGGGAAGGGAGGGGACAAGUGGGCAUAGGAGCUGGGCUCUUCCCUGCCCGUCCAUGCAGCGGAGGCCCUGAGAAUCACACAGGGGGGCACUGCCUGGGGGCUGGCAUGGACGCCCCGGGCCUGAUGCUCCAGCAGAUGGGGCAGGACUCAGGUUGGAGUCAUUGGGGAGAGUGAGGAUGGCUCCGUGGCCCCUGUGGAGGCUUGGUCUGGGGAGUGGGGGG